AUGAGUGACCCAGUCGGUGCCCGGCACGGCCGGGAGCCGUCUCUCCCAUUCGACGACAGUGGGAGCAGCUUCAGCUCGCUUUCGUACUCCUACGACUCCUCUCGAUCACCGUCGAGGUCAUAUUCGUACUCGUCAUCCGUUUCCUCGAGCUCGUCUGACGAACGCCCGCUCCGCGGUCACCGUCGCCUUCGCAGUCGCUCGCCGUCUGAAGACUCCGUUCACAAGCAGCCACGCAGCGACUCGGUGCUGGGGGAUGAUCUCUUGUUCACAUCGGGUCACUCAGCCCCGCCGCCAUACCACCACCCUUCAUCCUCCUCGACGCCGGUGCUUCCACCGGUGCUCGGCGAUGCGGUGCUACCCGCAACGCAUGGAGGUCAUCUCAGCAGCGUGCUCGGCGCCCCUGACACCCCCAACGAGGACUGGCCGUGUGGUGUGUGCAGCAACAUCAACUCAAAGAAACGGACUUCGUGCUUCCGCUGCGGCUGUCACUACGCAGAGAGUCUCCUGGCGAUGCCGGGCUACGAGGUGUCGCUGACGCACCUGCCCGCUAGCUGCACUCCGGCAAUGGUGGAAGAGGCAUUGCGGCGCGUGGCUCCGAACUGCUCCGUGCACUAUAUUGGUACCGACGCUGCAAAGGGGAUCAUGUACGUUCAGUUUUCGUCUGUUGAGGAGGCGACAAAGUGUCUGGUGCAGAGCCACUGCGAGCUGCAGCUGCGCGACCGGGGUGGUGAAGACGGCGCCAGCGUGCGCACGCGACUGAGCUUCUCCUUGAGUCCACACCCCCUCCACGAGCGCAAGGAGACAGAGGAGCAGGUAGCACGAGCAACGGCGCAGGCUGAAACGGAGAGACAGGAAGCAGCACUGCAGAAGGCGGGCGUGCCGCGGUUUCUGUGGCCGCACACGUGGCACCAACCGCCAUCCUUCCCAUCUGCUGAGAAGCGCAAGGCGUUUCUCAGCACCAUGUCUGCCCACUGGGACCACCUCUCCGAGGAGCAGAAGCGCUACUACGACGCCGAAGUGAAAAAGGCGCUGCUCCGGACGUCCACACUGACAGAGUCGGCGAACAAGAUGAACGGCAUACCCGCGUCAUCCCCUGCGAAGGCUGGUGCCGCGGCAGAAGUCACAGCUCCCCUCUCUGCCGAGUCGUCGCCAGCCUGCUCUUCGCUUGUCGUACCUGCUGGAGUGAAGGAGACCGGCAAAACGUCGCACGCGCUGGACGGUCUCAAGAAGCGGCUGGCAGAGCGGAAGAGCGCCAUGAAAAAAGUCGACGGCCCUGAAGGAGCCAAGGCGGCGGCAGGGGCUGCGGUGGGAACGCAAGUGGCCGGUCCAGUCGCAGGUCACGGGAGAGACGUCACCAGCGGCGGCAGUGGUGGCGCCGGUGGUCUUGCCUCUUCGCUGCGAAGGAGUAGUGGCGACUUUCCUGCGACACCAUCGCAGGUGCCGGCGGAGGUGCUCUUGUGGGACGGCUUUCCAGUACCGCUCCAGUACGCCAGCCUCGGUAAAGUGCCGCGCUCCAUCGAUUUGCCUCGCGUGCCCAUGUCGGUGUGCGAGCGGCUGCUACCACCGGCGCUGCUGCAGGUGGCACGCAUGCAGUUCAAACAGGCUCGCUAG